AAAAAUCGAUGUUCAAUUAUUUUUUUUCAGUUAUUAUCUGGAUUAUCUAUAAAACUCACAUGGAAUACAGAAUAGGUGGAGCAAAAUACAGCUGCCUGAUGGGUAAACAAACAAAAUUUUGUCUACAAAUUGCGCUUCUCGUCCUUAUAGUAACCCUUGUUUUCGUGUACUUCAAAUUGCCCUCCGGUGAUUCCCUACCAGAUGGAAGAUUGGAGCCAUCUGGUGAGCCAGAUGCGCUGGACAAAUACUUGAACCAACAGUUUCAGUUUCUUGGAGUUGGAGGUAAACAAAAGAACGCCCUAGAUCCCAAAGUGAAAGAACUGGAACAAUAUCAACAACUAGUGCUAUCGAUCUUACACAAUUCUGAUGCUAACUGUAGACUUACCGAAUUCAUGAUCCGAAAUGGGUCCUGUAAAGCUGGAAUAAAUGAAACGACGUCUUACUCUGACAUUUUGGGCACGCAAGUGUACACUGUGAUGACAACAUGCGCCGGUGAGCACAUGAAGAGGCCGUGGGUUUUGUUUCUUCACGGAAUGGCGUAUACUACUCGAGUGUGGGUCGAAACUAACAUAAUGCGGAUGACUGCCAGUUUUGGGUUCAAUAGCAUCGCCAUUGAUUUACCCGGUUUCGGCAACUCAAAAGGAUCCAAGAAGGUUUCUUCAGAAGUGGAAUUCAUAAAUGAUCUCAUCGAUUCUCUGAAAAUUACAAAGUUUGUCAUUGUGUCGCCAUCUAUGAGUGGGCGUUACUCUAUACCUUAUCUCAAAACGUUGAACCCCAAGUUAGUGGGGUUUGUUGCAGCUGCGCCCACUUCGACUGAACUGCUCACUGGAACAGAUGCCACCACCAUUGAAACUCCAGUGUUGAUUAUGAAGGGGGAGAGAGAUAACCAGUUGGGUAAAGUGUCGCUGGAUAAUCUGGCCCGUCUGAAGCACAGCACAACAUUCAUAGUGCCUGAUGCAGGGCAUCCCUCCUACGUGGACAACACCCCUGUCUUCACUCGAGAGAUGAUCAAGUUCUUAUUGUGCAUGUCAAGUGAGACCCAAUGAUGGUUUGAAGGACAUCAAAUUAAACUCGCGCUAUAUAAAGUAGCUGUUGUAAAAAUGUUUCCUGUGGUCACACUAGUGGUGAAAAUGAACUUUUAAACAUUUCUUUGUAAAAAUUAGCAUAUAACUUAAAUUCCGUCGUCCUCACACUCGCCUUUUAGAGCAGUUUUUUACUGAUAGAGCUUCAUUUUAGCUGAAACUGUUCAUUAAAGUUGCCAAUUUUGUGUUUAUUAGUCAAAUUAAGCUGAAGAUUAUCUUUCACUGUAAAUAUGUAUAUAUUUGUUCGUUUCUAUAUCGAAAAUUUGAAAAGAUAAUCCAAUGAAAAUUUAGAUGGGAAUGGAUGAUU